UUCUGCAGAAGAAAGAAAGUCAUAGACAUCUGGUAUAGCACAAGGGUGAAUAAUUAUCAAGCUGGUUUGAAACAAGUCUUUGAAAAAUUAAUCAGCAAAGAAAUCAUGAAACGAGUCCAAAGCCCUUGAAUCUCGAUGGAAUGAGAAAGUCUGUGAUGUAGUAACCACAUACAGACAAAAUAUCUUAGAUUACUGAUGGUUAUCAGAAUAAAAACACUUUAGACACUGUCCUUUGAGGGACAGCAUAAGGGCAGAAAUACAUUCUCUUCCUGAAACACAAAGCUGUCGUUGAACUUUGGCUGACAUCCUUUUCGCCUUCCCUUGGCCUGACGACAGUAGCAGAUUUAGGCAUGGGCAACAUGUGCAGUUCUCUUGUGGGGGUGGCCCGGACAACAACUUUGAGGGUGUGUUGAAGUGGGUUUGCCCCAAGGCACCAUAUCACAUCUGAAAGUGAAAGUAGAGAUUUAGAGUAAAAAAGGAAUUAAAUAUUGUUCUCUUUCUCACACACACCUAUUAUAUUGCUUCUGAAGAUUUGGAAACACAUAUGGAGUCAUAUGGAUUACUUUUAUGUUUCCUUUAUGUGAUUUUUGAAGCUACAACCUCCAUUGUAUGGACCCACAGAGCUGAGGUAUUUUUCUACAAAUCUUCGUUUGUGUUCUGCUGAAGAAAGAAAGUCAUACACACCUGGGAAGGCAUGAGGUCAGUGUGAAUCACCAGUCACUGGAUUCCCAUUCCCAUAACCGAUAUACCCAGAGGCUGUCAAAUUGGCACUCUCCCUGAUGUCCCAUUGAGAGUGGCUGUUGCUUUGGUGUAGACAGCCUGGUCACACUAAAGCUGGUCACUACAGUACCCGUGAGGCUUCCCAGAACUCUUUGCCUUUCCACAUUUUGCACCUCCUUCCACUGUGGAUUUCCCUCCCUUAGAAGGAGACUGUGAUGUGCAAUCAGAUGACAGCGUCUGAUAAUCCAACAAUACACCCGCUCUAUCCUGUUCACUAAGACCGGUGUACGAGCGAGCUAUAGGAAGAGAGGAGAGAAGUGAACGAGGCGGGAGUUUGCUGGGAAGAGAGGAAAGAGACGAGAGGAGGAAGUGGGAGAUAUUUCAUUAUGGAGGAAGGACAGCGGCAGACAUCUGAGAUCUACCUCCCAAGCAUCAGUCUUGGAUCUGCUGACAGUGAAACAGUGGAAGGCCAUGAACUGCCAAUAAUUUCUUUAUCCAAAAGCUCCACAGACAUGAUGAGUGGACCUCCUCAACGCAUGGAGCUGACAUGGUACCGUCAGAAUUUGCGCAAGAGUGCCAGCAGUGCAGCAUGCACUCAAAGGCCUGUCAGUCUGGGUGGACCAGCUACCGUUGUCCCUUUAAACUUGUGUGACCAUGAACAGGGGAGCAUGUGUAGUGGAAACAGUACCCCAGAGACUGUAAUCUGGCAUGGAGGAACUGCAAGACCUUGGAGCGUCAUGGAGGACACACCCAGAAGGACUCCAAUGCAGGAUCUGCUUCUGGGACAAAAUCAGGCCCCUGGUGGGGUGAAGUGUGUGCCACACUCACCAUCCACAAAUAGGGAUCUAAUGAGAAAGGAUCUGGUAAACAGGGAGGGAAGUUGUCGGUGUUGCAGACAUGUGGAGAACCCAACGGGAUGCAGUUGUUGCAGAAUGACAUGUAGAAUGAGUUCUUCAGCUCUGAGCAACAGCUUCACACAACAGGCGAAUUCAGAGGACCACAUUCAGAGUAACUGUGAAAGCCAUCAUUUCACUGCAUGCCACAGGUCUACCUAUGUGGGUCAUAUGAUGAACAAUUCCUGCUUGCGAAAUUCUUGCACUGGUGUUCCCUGCCCUGGACAUUUGAUAUCACAGCCAGCUUGUGCAGGAAGUCCCUGUGCAGGUCAGCGGUCUAUCCUCCAUUCAGGCUUGCUCGGUUUUCCACCUCUUGUGUCCUCGGUAAGCGAGACCAGACUUGACAGCCGGCGGUCAGGCCACUGUUGUGGAUCUGAAUUAAGGGGACAGAACUCUUCCUGCCUUAGACUAGACCGGACAGGCCAGACUAGUCUUAACAGGACAAUAAAAGAUGCCACUACCAUGACAUCUGACCAUGAGCUCAGAGAUGUUGGUGUGCAGACCAUAUCCUCUGAUUCCCUUGUUUCUCCUCUAUCCCAUGUGUUUCCAGAAAUGAAUUUAAGGGCAGAUCUUAACUCGGACACAUCUUCGUCCACAGAGCGCAUGUGUCAUAAGACCCCCAUGAAAGAGGUGGAAUGGGAUGCUGAGGGAAUGACCUGGGAGGUAUAUGGUGCAGCUCUGGAUCCCGAAGAGCUCGGCCUGGCAAUCCAGAAGCAUCUGGAACUUCAGAUCAAAGAGACCGCAGCUGCUGCAGCUGCUCAAAAGGAAGACUCCACAGAGACUGUCAGCGGCUUGGCACUGGAGCCCAGGCAACAGAAAAAGAGCGAAGGCAUUAUAAGAUCACUGCGCAGUUCUGCAUGUUGCUCCAACCCCAAUACUGUAGGAGACUGAAGGGAUCAGUGAUGGGGUGAUGUUUGGAACAACAUUGCAAGCUAAUAAAAUGCAUAAAGCUACCAUUCAGAAUUUACAGAUAGUGUUGUGUUUCCACUACUGUACCUUCAAACAUGGCCUUGUUCCUGAUUUGACUUCCAAAGUACCUUUUAGGUCCCCCUUUUUUGUCCAAAAUACCAGCAUGAUAAUUUUGGUGAGCAGUCUGUAUUUGCCCUUUUGGAAACAGUAAUUAUAGGCUAAGAUUGUCUGCUUCUACAUGUUGGAUUUGGACAAGAAAUGAUUGAACAUUACCUAGGGGUACCCUGAAGUUACUGUAACCCUCGCACACUCUGUAGGGCUGCCUUGAGCAAUUAGGGUAAACUAGGUCAACUUGGGCAACUAGGGCCAACUGUCCCAUAUUAGCCAGGGCAUCCCAUAUUUUGGGAGAAAUUACGAUAUCCGUACGGGACACCUAUUGUCCCGUAUUUUAGAGGGUGGCCAAACGUCCCGUAUUAAAGCUGUUGUGUCCUGCCUUGAAGCAGUCAAAAUGCUCAAGCAUCCCAUUUUCACAUGAUGAAAAGUUGGCAACCCUAGCAUGAUCUUAAGUCCGACUGGUUUUAAUUAGCUGAUUACAUCCAAAUUCAUCACGAUUUCUGUGUUUUCUGGUCUCAUGGAUGUGGUGUUAAGGUCCUUGUAGACAAUGACAAUCCAUUAGUACUACUGGUAUAUGGCAGAAAUUUCAACUUUCAUUUUUUUUUUUUUUUUUUUUAAGUCUAUUUGUUGUUGCUGAUGUCUAAACUGAUCUUAAUGUUUCAUAAGCUGCUCUCAUUAUCAUAAGAUGCCCCCAGCAAAUGCUUAUUGGUCCAGCUAUGAUUUGGCCAGGUGGGUUAAAGUGGGCUCAAGGCCAGAAUCCAUUCAUAGAAUUAAAAAUAUGAAUGCUCAUGAGGUCUGUGGGUAUGUAAAGCUGUUUUCUUAUCAGACUUACUGAUGAUUAGCAAAUAUAUACUCAAGAUCAGUGUUCCUGUAUUUUUGUAGUACAUUAUAAGCUAAAACUAAGCCCCAGUUAUGUUCUUAUGCUCAGAGAUGAUCUCAAUCAUUUGAAAAAAGUAAUAAUAAUAAAUUAAAUAAUAAUAUAUAAAUAAAAAACAUGCACACAUUUUAAUUUUGGUGCCAAAUUCUUAUCUGAAAAAAAUAAUUAUAACAUUAUAAUUAAAUAUCUGCAGACACAAUCUUUUGUGCCAUUAGUAAAAUAAUUCAAGUGACACAUUUUCAGAUCAAAGAUUAAAACCACAAACACAACAAAAAAUAUAUUUGGACUAGACCUCAAAUACUUCCCUUUAGUAUCAUUCCAUUAAUUUUAUGACAUAUUUUAAUAAAUGUUAUCUAUUUUGUAGGAAGUUAAAAAUGAUUUAGUUUGGUUAUGCCAGAACCACAGAACCAUUUUUCAUAAUAUCAUUACAAAGUUGUAAAGUUUCUAAAGAGAAAAUGCUUCAGAAAUAUCACAUUCUGUGUAAGAUUUAAACUAUGUUUAUAUACUGUAUAUCAUGAUCACAUAUAUGCUAUAUCACAACAAUCAUGUACAGAAUCAGAAUCAACUGCAAUUAAUGCAAUCUCUGUCAAUCAUGUUCAUAAUAUACUCUUUUAAAGAGCAUGAAAAGUCUCUUUAAAAAGACAUAUUGUUGGUAAGUAAAUGUGUAUCCAGAAUUUCUGACCAAAUCAACAGUGUGUGCUGCACACACUGCUUUUGUUUUUCUUUGCCAAAGCACAUUUAGUUUCUUUUUAGACCAGAGCAUUGUGAUUCAACAAUUUAGAUAUUACUGGAUCAACACCUUGCAGUACGAUGGGGGGAAAACGCUUUUUGUAAGCUUUCUACAGCAAAAACUAUACUAACAUGUUUUAAUAUUUAGAAUAUUGAAUGUCUUGAAAUGUAUCAGCAACAAUAAAGCAUUUGGUAAACAAUGUUCUGUGCCUGGUACUCAAAACACAAUAUAGCAACCCACUAUUGAUGCUGUGUUUAUGAUAUAGCCAUUAAAGGGAAGUUCUCAUUGGGCAUAACAACAUGUCAAAAGGUCCUGCUAAACUUGGUGAACUGUGUUCCAGUAGAUUGCCCUGGACUUUUCUACGGCCCUUUUAUUCUAAGUU